AUGUCGUCUGGAGGUGCUUCUUCAGCAAAGUCCUGCAAGAGGUCGAAAACGGUGAAGCGCCAUGCCAGCAUCUACACCUACCAGGAAUCGGCCAUACCUAGCAACUCAGAUGAAGAUAAUGGGGAUGAGAAGGUCGACAGCAGUGACCCAGAACAGAUCUUCCAGAACAUACAGUUUCAGAAGGAGAUCAUGGCCAACAUCCGUUGCAGACCCUGGCCCAUGCGGCAGAAACUCAGGGCGUUAAGACAAGCCAAAGAGAUUGUACUGAAGUACGAAGGUCGGCUGACUCGAACAAGAGGCUACCAGGCUGCCGGAGCGGAGCUGUGGCGAAAAUUUAUUCGGCUUGCAUAUAACUUUGUGGUCAUCUUUAUUCCCUGGGAAAUGAGAAUCAAGAAAAUAGAAAGUCACUUUGGCUCUGGAGUUGCCUCUUACUUUAUUUUUUUGAGAUGGCUAUUUGGAAUCAAUAUUGUUCUCACCAUCAUGACAGGAACAUUUGUUGUUUUACCAGAGAUCCUGGCUGGAGAGCCCUUUGGAAGCACUCCCAGCAAGAGCAUCCCUGCAGGGCAAGAAGAAUCUGCACAAGAUCUGGAUACGAUCUGGUCUUUGGGGGGUUACCUGCAGUACUCGGUUUUAUUCUACGGCUACUACGGACAGGCGAGGAAGAUUGGGACAGCAGGCUACCGACUGCCCCUUGCUUACUUCCUCGUCGGAAUGGCCGUCUUUGCUUACAGCUUCAUCAUCCUCUUAAAGAAGAUGGCUAAAAAUUCAAGAAUGAGCCUAGCAAGCGCUUCUGAUGAAAAUUAUACAUUUUGCUGGCGGGUCUUCUGUGCCUGGGAUUAUCUCAUUGGCAACCCUGAGGCUGCAGAGAGCAAAUCAGCUGCCAUAGUUAACAGCAUCAGGGAAGCCAUACUAGAAGAACAGGAAAAGAAGAAAAGCACAAACAUGGCCGUGACCAUAAGCUUAAGGAUCAUCGCCAACAUCCUUGUUCUCCUCUCACUCGCCGGAAGCAUUUACAUCAUUUACUUCGUAGUGGAUCGAUCCCAGAAAUUAGAGCGCACCAAAAAGGAGCUAACACUCUGGGAAAAGAAUGAGGUAAGUGUUGUUGUCUCCCUCAUCACAAUGCUCGCUCCUUCUGCCUUCGAAUUGGUUGCUGCACUAGAAAUGUACCACCCUCGAACAACCCUACGCUUUCAGCUUGCCAGAGUUCUUGUCUUAUAUCUGGGAAAUCUAUACAGUUUGAUCAUUGCACUUCUGGACAAAGUGGACAGCAUGAGCAUUGCUGAAUCUGAAGUUCACAACAACGGAAGCACCACAGUGAUUGCCACCACCACCUCAGCUACUAAAACUAUUAGAGAAGACAACUUUUCAACCAUCAUUUCCAGCAUGCACAUUAUGAGGACCAGCACCUUUCUUCUGGUUGACAACCACACUCAAAGCUAUGCUCUACCCAUCAGCAUGGUGACCAACAAGACAGCAUCUUAUGAAUCCAACACUCAAAGCCACCAAGAUCAAUGCUGGGAGACCUAUGUUGGUCAAGAAAUGUUGAAGUUGUCGAUUAUUGACAUGCUCUUCACCGUGGCAAGCAUCCUGUUGAUUGACUUCUUCCGUGGGCUUUUUGUCCGAUACUUAAGUGACUGUUGGUGCUGGGAUUUGGAAAGCAAAUUUCCAGAAUAUGGAGAAUUCAAAAUAGCAGAAAAUGUCCUGCAUUUGGUCUACAAUCAAGGGAUGAUUUGGAUGGGAGCCUUCUUUUCGCCCUGCCUCCCAGCGUUCAACGUUCUCAAGCUGAUAGGGCUCAUGUACCUGCGGAGCUGGGCUGUGCUAACUUGCAAUGUCCCCCAUCAGCAAGUCUUCAGAGCCUCAAGAUCUAAUAACUUCUACCUGGCUAUGCUGCUCUUCAUGCUGUUUUUGUGUAUGCUUCCAACCAUAUUUGCUAUUGCCCGCUAUAAGCCAUCCCUCACCUGUGGGCCGUUUAGUGGACAAGAAAAAAUAUAUGACAUCGUGUCCGAAACCAUUCAAGCUGACUUUCCUGUCUGGUUCCACAAGAUGAUGAUUUAUGUGAGCAGCCCGGUAGUUGUCCUCCCGGCUUUAUUGCUUCUCUUCAUGCUAAUUUAUUAUCUGCAGAGUAUUGCUAGGUCGUUAAAAUUCACUAACAAUCAACUGAGGAUGCAGAUCCAGAAUGAAAGAACUGCAGACAAGAAAAAAGUGGUCCAAAUGGCAGCAGCCAGAAUACAAACUACAGAAGGAAACAACAUAAGGCCAGAGCAGGAGAGUGACAUCAUCAGCCAGGAGUCCUCAGCCCGGUGCUCGACGCCGAGGAAGAACGGCAGCGUGGUGAACUUUGAGUCGCCCAAAGGCAGGAGAAUACAAACCAUCUCCCAGUCUGUAGCACAGCCUGAAGUAGCCAAGCCAGUCAGCCCACCGCCGGCAAAUGUUCCUCCUGCAGCUCCUCUGCCCAGUGUACCGAAGCCGAGAGCGGAGCCCAUCGCCAACAGAUACCCAAGUGCUGCCCAUGGAAGUGCAAGCGACCUCUGCAAAGCCAAGGCUUACACCCCUGUGAAGUACAAGAAGCGUCUAGAAGAUGUUCACUCAGAACCUCUGUUCAGGAAGAGCCUCCGACAAGCCAACCCAGAGGCGCGCGGCGCUGCCGGCACCCCUGCUUUUGUGGGCCGCAGGUCUCACACGGCCAGGUACUUCCUUGUCAACGAGCACGAACCCCGGAAAAAGCUCCUCCGCUCCACCACACGGCUGCCGAGGAAUUUCCGAAUGGACGAGUCAGGGGACAUCGUGGAGCUGUAUCCGAGGAACAUCCGGAGGUACAUGGUUCGGACGCCACACAGGGCCUACUCCCCUCAUUUCAGCGAAGAGGAGGAAGAAGAGGAGUUGAGGAGAGCUCUGGCCAAUAGAUCCCACCGCCCACGGUCGCUCUCCGAUCUCCGAGCAGCCCCCCGCUUCUACAUUGGGGAGUGUGCUGACAACCAGAUCCUUAGUAGCAAGGCGCUGGCUAAGAUGCACUACAAAUCUUGGGAAGACGGCUUUGGGCUCACCUUUGGCAGGCCCCCUCACGCCCACCGGAAGAUUCACCUGAAGAACAUUGAACUGGACCCACGCUACCCGGAGCAGCACCCGAAGGCGAAAUCCAAACACAAGCCCGAGCCAUCCCCAACGGAGUCUGACUCCAUCUCUGUCGAAUCGAGCAGUGACCAGCCAACGAGCGGCAAUGACCAAUACAUCCAAGUCAUCCACAGCAAAGACAAGUACCUGAAACCUGGAGCAGCGUUAACCAGGAAGAAAUCCAAGACUGGGGCUGACUUGAACAUGGCCGAGGCUAAUGAACUGAUAUGCUCAAAUGUUUAG